UCUUCGUUUAUGCAACGGAUUUGAUAAAAAUUUGGCUGCCUGAUAAAUUUUCGAGUUUUCUUUAAUUUCUAAGUGAAGGAGGACGGUUAGUUAGUAAAAAUUCGUUGUUCAGCACGAAUUUCAAGACUUCAAUGUUUCCAGUAUAUUAACGAUGUCACUUACCAGUGAAAGGUCCAUUGUUUUCUGCAAUGCUUGGGACUUCCGAAGUUUUUCCGUCUGGCAUCAAGAAAUGCACGCGCACCACCUGAAGCGUUCCUGCUCCUUUCCGGCUGGCAGAGAUGGGAAAACCGAAUGGAGCUUGAAUCUUUACCAUACUACAAACGCGGUCCAAGGCAAAGGUUGUGAUUUGUGUUUUGAGUUGGUAAUACCACAGGAAACAUUGGAUUCACAAUGUCGUUUAUCUUUCGCGCUGCUUGUAUCAAGUACGAGAUAUGGUGAUAACGUUUUCUACGACAGAACGGUAAUACUUGAGCCGUCUUGGUUUGGGUCAUACCACUUGAAGCUAAAAUGUGCAGAACUGUUAAGCCGCAAGCACACGGACAAGUUGCACGUGAAAUGCACAGUGACCGCGACAGAUGGUAACCUGGACCAAACAAAGGAGAUACAGCAAGUAUCUUUGCGACCAUUACCGGGCAAACUCAGCGCUGAUUUGAAUGCGCUGGUUGAUGGAAACACAUUUGGUGAUGUGGCGAUUCUCGUCGGUGACCAGCGCUUCUUGGCUUACAAAGGUGUACUCUCGGUCAGAAGUUCCGUUUUCGCGGCGAUGUUCAACCAUCCGAUGCAGGAAAACAUUGAGAAUUCCGUGACCAUUAACGAUGUCGAACCGGAAGUCUUCAAAGAACUGCUGCGGUACAUCUACACCGAUGAGGUAACCUACCUGGAGACGAUGGCCUUCAAGCUGUACGCGACCGCUGACAAGUACGCCCUCUCGACGCUGAAGAGUAUUUGCCGCUGUCACAUUUUGAAGACGCUCUCUUUGGACACCGGAAUAAAAACGUUGAUGCUCGGUGAUACGCACAGCGAUCGGGACAUGAAGGAGUAUACGCUGCAGUUCCUGAGCGGAUCUGGCGUUGCCGGCAAGCUGACUUCCACGGCUGACUGGAAGAAAAUGUUCCUUACUCAUCCACAUCUCGUCAACGAGACCUUCGACGCGUUGGCCCGCAAGGUUGCUUCCACGGAAGAAAGAAUAGCGAUGAUAAGGGAACGAUUUUAAUAUGUAUCCUAAGCGCUUAAUGCAUUAUUCUCACUUAAACCAUGAUUGAUAUGACUGUUUUUUUACUUUGGAUAAAACAUUGACUACUCAUGUUCUUAUUUUUGGAUUUUUCGGAAAAAGG